AUGACUUCUUUGCAAGAUGUUUGUGAUCCGUUGACAGCAUCAAAGUAUGCAAAAGAAGAAAAUGUUUCAAUUGAGAAGUCAAGAGAACUUCUUGAAGAAUAUCUGCAGAAAAAUGAAUCAAAUGGUCAACUUUGGGCACUUUAUGAAAUUUGUGGUGUUAUUGAUUCUUCAGAUGUUCCUUUCAUUUCGAAUCCUAGCUGUGAAAUUAGAAAGAAUCUCAUAGUCCCACAGAAAGAAUUGGAAAUUGCGAAAGCUAAAUUUAAAAAUGUGAUUUCUACAAAAAUCUACAGUAUUCAACGGACUAACCCAAAAGAAACUCGGAUCUAUGGUAGACAAUGGGAUAAUAAUGAUGACUUAGCCAAUGUUAAAGUGCCUACUGUGAUUACAAAAAAAGUGUCAAAACCCGAAGUCGUCAAAGAAGAAGUUAAAGAAAAAACACCUGAACCGAAAUCAAAACCAGUUGAAAAGAAAUCGAAUGGUUUGAUGAGCAUGUUUACGAAAAAACCAAAAGAGGAAACAAUUGAGAAAAAGAAAACGACUCCAGUGAAAAAAGUGGAAGAAAAAGUUGUUGAGAAGUCACCUUCUCCAGUUUUUAAGUAGGUUUUUCAGUAUUUUCUGUGAGAUAAUAAUUUGGAUUAUUUUUCAGAAAGAAACGAGUGAGAGUUGAAAUUGAUGAAGAUGAUGAUAUUUUUGACAAAGCUGACACUGAACCAAAACUUCCAACACCUAAAAAAGAAAAAUCACCGGAAAAAGAAAAAGAAGAGAAGAAACCAAAAAGAAAACGAGCUUUGAAUGAAGAAAAUGGUAAAAGUUCGGCGAAAAAGAAGCCAUUGAUUAGAGAAGAAUCGGAUGAUGAAUUAGAACAAGUGAAAGAUGAGGAGGAAAAAAUGGAAGUUGAGAAUUCACCCAAAAAGUUUGGAUCGAAAAAACCAUCAGAAGAACGAAGAAGAACUACCAAAAUUGAAAAAGUUGUUGAAACUUUUGUUGAUGAAGAUGGAUUUUUAGGCAAGAUUUUUUGAAUGAAAAUUGCGCAAGUAUUAUAAAAUACAAAAAUUUUUCCAGUAUCCAAAGAAGUCAACAAAACCAUCGAAUGUUCUCCCGAAAAAAGUCCAGAGAAGGUAACCAUUUUUCGAUAUUCCAGUGUCGUUAUAGAAAUCUCGAGUUUUCAGCCAAAACCAAAAAUUUCUGCUCCACCACCAGGACAACAAAAAACAACUGGAAAGAAGAACGCGUCAAUCAUGUCGUUUUUCAAAAAAGUUUGA